AAAGCUAUCGUCCCCACCUCCCAUUCCCCCCUCUUUUCCGUUUCCACUUAACUUCUUCGUCCCACCCACCACUUGCCACUCCACCCAUAACAUUAGCCAUAAAUUAACCACCGUUUUGCUUUGAUUCACACUGCAUUCUUGAAAGUGAAUUAUUCAAUAGUAAAAGUUUCAUAGAACAUAAGGCGGCCUCGCUCAACGAGUUAAUAAAAUUUGUAUAUUAAGGAUCAUAGCCGGAGCAAGUGCAUCAUUGUUUUCAUCUCGAGAUAUUUUUGUAUUCAUAACCUUAAAGUUUUGAAUUGAGUCUUAAUGUCAACUCCAAGUUCUCCCCUCGCUUCCCCUACCUCCAACGCCAACCGCCACCGUCGUCGCAUCUCACUUCCACCAUGGAAAGGUGCAAAACCAAUACCACUAGCCAUAUCCAUAUUAAUAGGCAUACUCUUUCGCUUCGCCGUACCAAAACCCCACCAACUCUCCACUAAAGCAUGGCAACUCUUAGCCAUUUUCCUUACAACUAUCUCUGGUCUAAUCCUCGGCCCAUUGCCAGUGGGCGCGUGGGCUUUCCUUUGCCUCACGCUCACCGUCGUCACGAAAACCUUAACAUUCGCUGCAGCAUUUGCUGCAUUCACCAAUGAAGUCAUUUGGUUAAUUGUUGCAUCAUUCUUUUUCUCAAGAGGGUUUAUUAAAACUGGACUUGGUGAUAGAGUUGCUUUGUGUUUUGUGAGUUGGCUUGGAAAAAAUACUUUGGGUUUGUCUUAUGGUUUGGCUUUGAGUGAGGCGACAAUAUCUCCGGCUAUUCCAAGUACAACUGCAAGGGCUGGUGGGAUCUUCUUGCCCAUUAUUAAGUCAUUGGCUGUCACUGCUGAUAGUCACCCAAAGGAUGAUUCUGCUAAGAAGCUUGGUGCUUAUCUUGUUCAAUCUCAGUUGCAGUGUUCUAGUAGCUCAAGUGCCCUGUUCCUAACAGCUGCUGCACAAAACCUGUUGUGUGUGAAAUUAGCAGAGGGGUUAGGAGUAAAAAUAUCAAGUAAAUGGCUCACUUGGUUCAAGCUCUCAUGUAUACCUGCACUUGUAUCUCUUUUAGCAACUCCAGUUAUUCUAUACAAGAUUUUCCCUCCAGAAAUGAAGGACACACCAGAUGCUCCAUUAAUGGCUAGAAGGAGGCUGGAUCAGAUGGGUCCUAUCAAAAUUGAUCAGUGGGUGAUGAUGAUAGUCAUGCUUGUAACCGUAGCACUAUGGAUUUCUGGGGAGGCUCUUGGACUAGCAAGUGUUAUCACGGCAAUGCUGGGAUUAUCACUACUUUUGGCGUUUGGAAUACUUGAUUGGGAUGAUUGCUUAAGUGAAAAAUCAGCAUGGGAUACCUUAGCUUGGUUUGGUGUACUAAUAGGGAUGGCAACACAAUUAACUACUCUGGGAGUUGUUGCCUGGAUGUCAAAUGCUGUGGCUAACUUCCUCAAAUCUCUAUCCCUACAUUGGUUUGGGGCAUUUUGUGUCCUUCAAUCAGCAUAUUUCUUUAUUCACUACUUGUUUGCUAGUCAAACUGCUCAUGUUGCAGCUUUGUACUCUGCAUUUCUUGGAAUGUGUUUGGCAUCAAAAGUUCCUGCUCUCUUUGCUGCAUUGGCUUUGGGAUACAACACUAACCUUUUUGGUGCAUUGACACAUUACAGCAGUGGUCAAGCUGCAGUAUACUAUGGAGCUGGUUAUGUGGAACUACGUGAUGUCUUCAAAUUGGGCAUUAUAUUUGCUCUUAUUAAUAUUGUCAUAUGGGGAUUAGUAGGAGCUGGUUGGUGGAAGAUUCUUGGUCUUUACUAAGACUAAAAUAUGCAUUUUCUGGUGUAAGAACUUCAGGAUCGGCUGUAUUUCUAAUUGAAGUCAGUUUGAUUGGCACAAGAGGCUCAUAAUGUUUUUUGAAGAUUAGGGAUCUCAUCCUUGACCAGAGGCCUCAGGCUCGAGUUCUGGAUAUGGAGCCGCCUUUAUUAGAGAGCGCUUGACCCCUAAUAUGGGAGUUUCCGGCGUGAAUAUGGAUUUAAUCAAGUCCCGGAUACUAAACACCGGGUGGAACCAAAGAAAAGUAGAUUAGGGAUCUUCUGAUGCAGUUUACUGUCGCCGUGGAACUUGGCUUCUAACUGAAUCUUAAAGAAAGGUUUUUGCUUGGACCAAUUUCUCAAAUCCCAUCACUUGGACAUGCGUAAUAACUACCUUUAUGGAAAAAUUAGCUUUAAUCUUCGCAUGACUUAUUAGAGCUAAGUGGUGUUAAUUAAUGCUCUACCAGGCGCAAAGCCACAUGUCCGAAAGGGUGGUUAACCGACCACCUUUCAUCGGAAAAUUACACUAAGUAUAUAAGUAAAACAUUAUGUUUUAUAGAUAUAUAAUAUAUAUUGAACGCUCUUUGUCGAAGAAUUUUUUUACUUCUUUAAAAUUUGAACAUCCCUGAGAAAAUUCCUGGUUUCGCCACCAUGCUCUACUAUAAUAAGCCCUCUCGUGCAAAUGUUAUUGUUUAUCUAAAAUAAUGUGAUACAUUGCUACUUCAUUUGAGAGAAAAUAUUAAGCAUAAUACUAGGAUAUGAGGACAGCUACGUAUUGCAAGUUUGGUUCUCCGGAACUCAAUCAAGAACCCAAAGAAUGAGCCAUAUGUUUCCACAAAUCUAUCAUUUUAGCCAAAUUAUUUGAAGGAGAGCCUUGGAGUAAUGACAAAGUUGUCUUCGUAUGACCUAUAGGUCACGGAUUUGAGCCUUGAAAGCAACCAUUAAUGCUUGGAUAAGGAUAUGUUACAUUAACACCCCUUGGGGUGCGGCCCUUCUACGGACCUUGUGUACUGAGCUGGCCAAAAGUAACAAGCAUUUAGAUGAUCACAGAAGUUAAUUAUACGGUUAUCUUUGAUGUACUUCUUUUGUUUUUGAUCAUCAAAUCUUAAUAC